AUGGAGGGGGACUUCGGUCGUCGCCAUUGCGUAUUUGUUUCGUCGGUGGCGCCUGACGCUGGCGUCCACUGCACCUGAGGAGAAGGGGGCAGGGAAGUGCCAAGACUUGCCACAAGUUUGCAGGCACUUUCACUCACACUAAUGGUUGCUUCUUGCUGACCCCCGAUUUUACCGGAUGUGGAACCGAUCCCACGAAAUCUCUGCAACCCGCCUUCGUCGCACAGCCCCUGGAGGAAGCUCCAGGCUCCUCGGGUCCAUUUAUACAGUAGAGACGAGGCCCUUAUACCGAGUGCGACUGUCGGUCCGUGGUCCUCCGACCAGUGGAGGUUGGGAUUCGGAUGAGCCUGCAGGUUCCUACCCAGCUGGCAGCGUCGCGCAUGGACUCGCCAAAGCUCACUUUUUGGCCCCCGGUCUCAUCGCUGCAGAGCCCAAUGACCUUUGAGGAUGUGGCUGUGUACUUCUCCAAGGAGGAGUGGGGGCUCCUUGAUGAGGCUCAGAAGCACCUGUAUCAUGAUGUGAUGCUGGAGAACUUUGAGCUCAUGACCUCGCUUGGUCGUUGGCAUGAAGUGCAAAGCGAGGCUUGUUCCAAGCAGAAUGCUCCUGUAGAAGGGUUGUCCCAGCUCAGGAUCCCCUAUCCUUCCACCCUAAAGACUGAUACCUGUGACAUGUGUGGCCCAUUCAUAAGAGACAUUUUGCAUCUAGAUAAGUAUCAAGGAACACAUGCUGAGGAGACCCCCUGCACAUGUGGAGCACGUGAAAGAGAGUUUUGGUUCAAUGAAAAUCUUCCCCAGUACCAGAAGGAGCACAGUGGAGAGAAGCCCUUCAGGUGGGGCAAAGACAGGGACUCAUUUGUGAAGAGCUCCAUGGUCUACCUGCCAGAGAAGCCCUUCACUUGCAGGGAAGGUGGUAAGGAUGUCUUAGACAGCCAUGACCUCCAUCAGUACCCAGCCAUUGACAGCAGUGGGAAGUCACAUAGGAGCACCAAGUGCAGAGAGUUCUUCCCACACAGUUCCAACCUUGGGCAGCUCCCAGAAGUCCAUAUCACACGGAAGUUCCUCGACUGCAGUGACUAUGGCAAAGCCUUCCAGAAGAACUCGGCCCCCCUUAACCACCUGAACACUCACUCUGAAGAGACAGCAUUUAAAUGCCCAACAGUUAGAAAUUCCUUAGAGGAGAAAUCAAACCUUGUUAAUUACCAAAAAUUUCACACUGGAGAAACAUUUCAUAUAUGUAAAGAGUGUGGGAAGGACCUUAGGUACCCUUGUAAGCUGAGGCAGCACCAGAAAUUUCCCACUGGAAUAAAAUACUAUGAGUGUAGUGACUGUGGGAAAACCUUCAGCCACAAACUUGCACUCCUUCAUCACCAGAAAAUUCACACAGGAGAAAGGCCUUAUGAGUGUAGUGCAUGUGGGAAAACCUUUAAUAACAGGUCACACCUCAGUCAGCAUGAGAAUGUUCACACUGGAGAAAGGCCUUUUGAGUGCAGCAAAUGUGGAAGAGCAUUCAGCCAAAGGUCCAAUUUCCUUCGGCAUCAGGAAGUUCACACCCAGGUAAGACCACAUAAGUGCAAUCAAUGUGGUAAAGCCUUCAGCCGGAGCUCUGCUCUCAUUCAGCACCGGAGGGUUCACACUGGAGAAAGGCCUUUCAAGUGCAGUGAGUGUGGAAGAGCUUUUAACAAUAAUUCCAAUCUUGCUCAGCACCAGAAAGUUCACACUGGAGAACGACCUUUUGAAUGUAGUGAAUGUGGAAGAGACUUUAGCCAAAGGGCUCACCUCCUUCGACAUCAGAAAGUACACACUGGAGAAUGAGAAUGGCCUUUUGAAUGCAGUGAAUGUGGGAAAGCCUUCAGUAAUAGCACCACCCUCAUUCAGCACCGGAAAGUACACACUGGGCAAAGGCCUUACGAAUGCAGCAGAUGCUGGAAAGCCCUCAGCUGCAGCUCCAGCCUGAUGCAGCACUGGAGGAUUCACACUGGAGAAAGGCCUUAUGACUGCAGCGAAUGUGGGAAGGCGUUUGUUCACAGUUCUAGUCUCAUUGAGCACUGGAGGGUUCAUACAAGGGAAAGGCUGUAUGAGUGCAAUGAAUGUGGGAAAUUCUUUAGUCAACACUCUAUUCUCAUUAAACAUCAGAAAGUUUACACUGGAGAAAGGCCUUAUGAGUGCAAUGAAUGUGGGAAAUUCUUUAGCUGAAAGUCCAGCCUUAUUUAUCACUGGAGAGUUCACACUGGAGAAAGGCGUUAUGAGUGCAGUGAGUGAGGGAGAGACUCUAGCAACAACUCUCAGCCGGUUCGUCACAGAGUUCACACACAAGAAAGGCCAUAUGAGUGCAACCAAUGUGGGAAAGCUUUUAGUGAAAGGUUCACACUUGUUUAACACCAGGUAGUUCAUACCAGAGAAAGGACUUAUGAGUGUGGCCACUGUGGGAAAAUCUUUAGCUGCCUCUGUAGCCUUGCUCAGCAUAAAAAGAUUCAUACUUGAGUGGAGUCUUAUAGACACAGACUUUGUGAGAGAGUCUUCAUUCAGGUCAGACUUCAUCCAGUAGAACUCCUGCAGAGAAAUUACCUGCAUGUACCACCGAUGUGGAGAAGCCUUCUGAAACUGCUCUCUUUUCCAAGCAGCCUAGGGACCCAGGCAGAGCUAUGUGCCCUGGAGCCCCUGUCCAGCCUGCCUGGAUCCAGACAUUUGCAGCAGUCACCUGCAUAUGCAUGGAGAAAACAGCUUCCUGUGCCUUCUCCCCUAUCCUGGAGCAGAUCAGGAUUGUUUUGGGCCCAUUGGAUGGUUUCAUUCUCAUUGCCUCUUGAGAGUGCUCUGGAAUGAACUGACCCCAUGCUGGUUGAGGGGUCUUGUGGGAUGUCCAGUUUGGGCUUCUUGGGGAAGAUGCACGUUCCCCAUGGGUGGAUGGUAUUCAACUGAAAAUAUUCACAGCAGUUCACGUUGAUUCUGGUGUUAAUAGUCACAACUGCCACCAAUUUGUUUUAUUUUAUGAAACUGACAUUGUGUCCAGUCACCAUGAGGACUGUCUUCAUCUAUGAGAGUCACAACAAAUUGCUUUGGUUCCUUAGGUGAUGUUAUGGACUGAAGGUUUGUACACACACACCCAAGAAUUCAUUGGUUUAAGCCCUAACCCUCUCUGUGAUAGUAUCAGGAGAUGGGGCCCUUGGGAGCUAAUUAGGUUCAGAUGAGAUCAUAAGGAUGGGACUCUAUGAUGGGAUUAGUGUCCUUGUAAGAAGUCAAGAGAGCCCUAACUGGUGUGGCUAAGUGGGUGGAGCAUCACCUUGCAAAUUGAAAGGUCACUGGUUUGAUUCCCAGUCAGGGCAUGUGCCAGGGUUGCAGGCCUGCUCCCCAGUUGGGGCGUGCAAGAGGUAACUGAUUGGUGCUUCUUUCUCAUAUUCAAUGUCUCUUCCCCCUUCUCCUUUCCCCUCUAAAUAAAAAAAUAACAUCUUUUUUUUAAAAAAAGGCAAAAGAUACCAGAGCUGCUUCUCCUCAUCUUGUGAAGAUGACAAAAUAAUGACCAUCCACAAGCAAGGAGGAAGGCAAGAAACACAUUAUUGCUCGAUUCCAAUAUCAGUGAACCCUUGAGCUCUUGUUGGUAUAUUGCCAAGUCUUUUAAUUUUUAUUUAUUGACUUUAAAGAGGGAGGAGGAGAACAGCAUGGUUCCACUUACUUAUGCAUUCAUUGGUUGACUCAUACAUGUGCUCUGCCCAGGAAUCGAACCCGCAACCUUGGCUCAUCAGGACAAUGGUCCAACCAAGAUACCCAGCCAGGACUGUUCCUAAGUCUCUAACAACACAAAUGUAGCCCUGAUUUCAAAUAUGCAGACAUCUAUGAAGACAAGCAGGUGCAGGAGGGUUAGUGUCCAGCCUAACAUCAUGGUAUAGAAGAUAGAAAGGGAGAAAACUCCAAACUGGACAGUGAGUGAAAGAACUCAUGAAGAGGGGACAUUUUGGCCAAGUUGUUGAAGGGGUUUUAGUGGGAGAGGCAGGACUAGGGUGGAGCAGGCAUCUCUGACAAGUUGGGGUCACAAAACAAAGGACCAGGAGCUGCUGGGUAGAUCCUGGAAGAGCUUCCAUGGACUGCUGGAGCUGGCUUGCCAGGUGAGCUUGAGCCAACAUGAUGGAAUGACUGACUCCUGCCCAAACUGGUACCCUGAGCAUGUCAAAGGGUCAGAGCCACUGGGCUUUGUUCCAGAUACCCCAGCAUCAACAGGGAAACUACUUUCCACCCACACCCCCAUUAGGUUGGCUGCUAUGUAUGGAGCCCCAGCAAGAGACCAGAAAGCAGAUUUAGGGCAAGUGCCAAGGACCCCUCACCCAGGUGCGGGGCCAUCCUAUGAGAUCUAGCCAAAGCUACCCACCCCCACUUGUUUAGAGACCUGAACCCUGCCUGGCUUGGCUUGACUUUGCUCUCACACAAACCCUCGUGUGGGUGUGGGAGACAGACAGUUCUUACACUCAGGAAAGAGGGCCUGAGCGGAUGAAAGAUGGGCAUACGUUUUAUGGUGCUGGGGAGAAUUUGAGCAGGCUGACCAAAAACUCUCUACUGCAAGCCCUACUGAAGUUGUCCGCGGUAUGGUCAUCACCCCUUCAGCCAUCAGGAUGGGCGGGAAGAAUCAGCACAGCUAGAGGCAGCAGCGGUGGUUCCCAGCCCCAGUACAUGGUAGGAUGAGCACUGCAGCCCACAGCCCCUCAUGUUGGGUCCCCGGCUCUCUCCAAACACAAUUCCUUCUAAUGUUUUUUCUUUUCUUUUUUUGACAAACCCUGCUGCUAAUGUUUUUGUUUUGACAGACAAACCCUGCCUCAGGUUUAUUUGCACAAACACCACAGGAGGACCCCAGCCUCAAGGGUGCACCAGUCCUUCUGUCCUCACGUCGGCAGACAGAGGCCUCUACUAUGGAGCCUUUACAGGGGCCUGGGCACCUUUGGGACCCUGAGACUGAGCCUGAGCUGGACCCUGACCCAUGGCUGCAUCUGCAGCCUGGGGCAUGGUUUGGGCCUUGGCCUUUGAUCAGCAGAGCCAGAGACCUUUGGUGUGUGGGCACAAGCAUGCUUUCUGAGCUUGGGAUGAGCAAUGUAAGCAAGUUGACUGAGCUUGUGGCUGCUGCCCCUUGGGAUCUUUGCCUUGACUUUGGACUUGACCAGAGCCUUGAUAGCCUCAGCAUGUGUGCUCAUGGCCUCGGUGUUGUUGGCCUGCAUCUUCUUCGGGCCCUUGUGCUUUUUGGCAAAGCACAUGUUCCUCAGGAACUUGGAGUCUAUCCCCUUGAGAAAUUCAUAUCUUUGUAAUCAGAGUUUCUUGAUGCCAUUUCUGUGCCAUUUUUGGGACUGGAUGUACAUGGUGUGGUUCUUGGACUUAGCCAUCUCUGUACCCACACCCACGGCUCUUGAAGCACCUGGGACCGGAAGAGAAAGAGCUCCUGCUAACGUUCUUGACAGGAAGCAGUUUCAGGGCCAGGGACACAGCUACAGGCAACAUACAAAUUUUGCUUAACUGACAUUUCAUUUACCUUGUGGGAAAAGUUUCCAACAUUUUUUAAAUCAAAAGGUCCCACAAACCACAGGAUCAACCACUUCUCCCUUGAGCCCAGGGACAGUGGCAGCAAAAACAUUGCAGGCCAUGGUGGGCAGAUACCAGGAACAGUGGCUGGGUCCCUAGAGCCACAUCCCAGGACACUGAGAGAUGGCCUUGAGGUGAACAUGCACAGAGGUUAGAGAAUCCAGAAGACGGGUAGAUAACUGGUUGAGAGUGACCUUGGCCACAGAUGACAGGUCUGUAAUCCCAAGAAUUUCUGUGACCCUCAGCCCCUGAAAUCGCAGCUGCCGGAGCAUUUGUGGAGGCCUCUCUAGAACCUGGCUCAGACUUGCUAGUGUACCAGGCUCCCCACGCAUUACUGCAGGGUUUCUGUGCCCACUUGUCUUCUAAUAGGCCCCUGCAGGUCUUAUGGUUAGUCUACAACUUACUCCACAUUCUAGAUUUCAGAGGACACAGCUGCUGAGCUGACUCUGGAAACAGCUUCCUCUGAACAGUGCUGGAGAUUCAGGAACAUUCCCUGAGAACAAGAGCCCUGGCUCAUGUCCUCAGACACAUGGGGCAUCUAAUGCCAACUUUUCAAAGAAUUUUUUUUAGAGAGACAGGAAUGGAGGGAGAAAGAGGGGGAGGAACAAUGUGCAAGAGAUACAUCAUCAGUUGCCUCACCCCUCCAACUGGGGAUGUGGCCCACAACUCAGGCAUGUCCCUGACUGGAAAUCGAACUGGCAACUUUUCAGUUCACAGGCCAGCUCUCAAUCCACUGAACCACACCAGCAAGCUCCCAACUCUCUGAUCUUGACCCACCAAUAAACCUGACACCCAGACUACAUGAUUCACCCACCAAGCCUUUCAGUCUCUCCCUGCAGGUCUCAGGCACCAAUGCAAGUGACACCGUCCUCAGCUAGAACUGU